AUGCCGCCCAAGUCGACCGCGGUCGCAGACGACGCCGACGCGGCGCUCCCACUGCAAGAAUGGCUCAAGCUGCUCCAGUCGCACGGCGUGCCGAUGCGCACGGCCAUGGUGCUCGCGUCAAAGGUGUACAAGACGCACGGGAGCAAGGGCAAGCUCGCCAAGCUGGGCGACAAGGAGCUGGCCGCCGCCGUGCCGGACAAGGACCAGCGCAAAGUUGUGUUUGGCGCACUGAAUGGCAUCGGGAGCGGGAAGGCGCACACGCCAAAGCGCAAGCGCGACGACGACCUCCUGCGCGGGCUCGACCCGGUGCCGGUGCCGGUCCCCGCGUCGUUCGACUUCCACGAGAUCCUCGACCCGGAGCGCCUGCUAGACGUAAGCGUGACGGUCAACCGCGCGCCCAUCAAGACGGCGUGGGCGUACGCCGUCGCCCGGCGGCGCGGCUUCGACGCGCAGGAGGCGCUGUCGAUCGCCCACGUCUACGUGCACAUCAGCAGCCUGAAGCAUGCCUUGGUGCUGGGCAACGUGCUCAACGCGGCCGAGACGCGCGAGGCGGAAGAAGAGAUCCGCGAGCUGCCCGGCGAGGAGAACUACCGCCGCCCAGACGACCGCGAGGCGUGGCGCAAGCGCCGGCGCGGGGAGGCCGAGCCCGCCGUCAGCGUGAGCUCGGGCCAGCCGUGGGUCGGCAUCAUGCGCGCCAAAAUCCCCGUCAUCGAGCGGCCCGACGGCACGUGGCGCGCGAUCCAGAAGGGCGUGUCGGUCGAGCCGAGCGUCGCGUACCUGUACAUCACGCGCGCGCUCAAGGACCACACGGGGGCCGUGCUCGGCGCGAUGCAGCUCGUCGCGGAGAGCUAUGAGCCUGACGAGCUGGAUGUGGUCGCGCUGCAUCUCUACAACGAGUUCAAGCCCGACGUCGUCGAGUGGGGGCAGAGGGGCAGCGUUAGUGUCGCUAGUAUCCUCGAGCAGGUCAAGGGGCCUGUGGAGGUGGGUGAAGUGGGCGAAGAAGGCAAGAAGGCCGAGGUCGACGCCCCUGCGGUCCAGCACGAGCCAGCCCCCGAGGACAGCCCCCUGUCCGCUGCGCCUGAUUCCCCGCCGCCCAAGACCGCCCCGCCCGCCGCUGUGGCCGUCGACACAUCGCUCGAAGAGUACGACGAAGACGGAUUCGAUGAUGCUGCGCUCCUGGCUCUCCCUCUCCCAUAGGACAAUACCUCAUCCCCCAAACACCCUGUAGCACCAC